UGUUAUACCAUUAUGGCGUCUCAUUCGAGUCGUUCAAGCUCAGGAUGGCCUAAAUCAACAAAUCAAAACAAUCAGUACACGGGAAAAUACAUGACGGGCAACAGUACUUCUCUAAAUGCUACUCUUAAUCGCUCGAUUAGCUUGUAUCCUCUUACAAAUUACACAUUUGGAACAAAGGAGCCUCUCUAUGAACGUGAUAGCUCAGUACCUGCUAGAUUCAGAAGGAUGCGAGAGGAGUUUGAAAAAAUUGGCAUGAGGCGUUCUGCCGAAGGGGUUCUUCUUGUCCAUGAGCAUGGGUUACCCCAUGUUUUGUUAUUACAACUUGGCACAACAUUUUUUAAAUUACCUGGUGGUGAACUAGAAGCUGGGGAAGAUGAACUUGAUGGUUUAAAAAGAUUAAUGACUGAGACUUUAGGUCGACAAGAUGGGGUGAAACAGGAGUGGAUUAUAGAAGACACUGUUGGUAAUUGGUGGAGACCAAAUUUUGAACCCCCACAAUAUCCAUAUGUUCCACCACACAUCACAAAACCAAAGGAACAUAAAAAGUUAUAUCUGGUACAACUUCCUGAAAAAGCACUAUUUGCUGUACCCAAGAACUAUAAACUAGUUGCUGCUCCUCUCUUUGAAUUAUAUGAUAAUGCACAAGGCUAUGGUCCAAUUAUUUCAAGUUUACCUCAAGCUCUAAGCAGGUUUAAUUUUGUGUUUGUGACAUGAGCUGGCAGCUUUUAAAAUUUGAGAUGACUUGCUGUUUAAUUCCAUCUAUGUUCUAUUUCAUGCAUAACAGUGAAACAUUAUUGUGUACAAGUUUUUGCUUCAGAACUGCUAAUUUCACUUCCUAAAAGAUUGUACAAUAAAACUGAAAAUAGUAGUUUUUCCUUAUUCAUAUUCACAAACAUCUUUAAAUUAUUCAUUUUUACUUCAUUGAUUAGAUUAAUUUUAAAAGCUUUUAUUUUUCCAAAGGAUUAAUUGAGAAGAAUGAAAUCAGAAAAGGGAGUGGGAUUUCAAUCUUCGAUGUAUUAGCUAAAGUAAAAUAUUUAUAGAAAAUAAAAAACUUCUGUACAAAUAAAAAUUCUACCAAAUGCCUUCCAAUUUUUGUUUACCAUUUUACCUUUUAUUCUAUUUGAGGCUGAGGGUUCAAAUUCAUGUGUU